CGAACAGACCCUAACUAGGCCAUACUCUAACUCUAGAUCUCGUUAUCAAUCCACUGCCCGAAGUCGCUAGUUCCGUAAUAACAUCCGAGAAAUUUUGGUGCUCUGUUUUUGCCAUGGGAAGCAGCACGAGCUACUUCCUGGCCUUCCUUCUGGGUGCAGCGAUCCCCAGUGCCUGCGUUGUGGUGUUACUUCCAUCCCUGUGCUCGCGUGCCGGCGUCGGCGUCAUUCCGGCACAGCAACUGGCCCGCAACGCGACGCAGGCGACGGAUCGCGGCGUCAAUGAGCUUGUCACGCUGCAGCCAGCGACUCCACCGGAGGAUGACGACCUUCCUGGGUUGCUGAGGAGGGCAGCCAUGGAGGAGGGCAGCACCGUCAUAAUGACAUUCACGAACGAGGCGUGGACGGCCCCCGGCUCGCUGCUGGACCUCUUCCUGGAGAGCUUCCGCAUCGGUGUGAACACGCAGCCCCUGCUGAAGCAUCUCAUCAUCGUCGCCGUCGACACCAAGGCCUUCGAGCUUUGCCGGCACGUGCACCCGCUCUGCUACUCGCUCGACGUCGGCGGCGGCGGCGGCGGCAUGAACCUCACCACGGAGCAGGCGUUCAUGUCCAAGGACUACCUGGAGAUGAUGUGGUCCAGGAACAAGUUCCAGACCCGCGUCCUUGAGCUGGGCUUCGGCUUCAUCUUCACGGACGUGGAUAUCGUGUGGUUCCGGAACCCGCUGCUGCGGAUCCCGGUGGGCGCCGACAUCGCCAUCUCCAGCGACCAGUUCUACGGCGAGGACCCGUACGACAUGAACAAGAAUGCCAAUGGCGGGUUGGUCUACGCCAGGCCGAUCGCGAGGACGAUGGCCUUCUUCAAGGGCUGGUACGAGGCGAGGACGGCGUACGCGGGCAUGAACGAGCAGGCCGUGUUCGACAAGGUCAAGUACGACCUGUCGCUGCGGCACGGCGUGUCGGUGCAUUUCGUCGACACGGCCUACUUCGGCGGCUUCUGCCAUCCCAAGAAGGACUUCCGGCAGCUCUGCACGUUCCACGGCAACUGCCUCCCGGGGCUCAGGAUCAAGCUGGAUAGACUCCGGGGCGUCCUGGACGAAUGGAAGCAGUUCAAGAUUACUGGGAAGCAGGGUGAUCAGAAUAACAGUACUAGAAAAUGAUCGCCAAUGAUGUACUACUAUUAACAUUUUACUCCAUACGAGAAUAGCAGUACAACCUCAAAAUGAUCAUCA